AUGUUGAAUAACAAAGGAAAGAAUGAUGUGGUAGAGGAGGAGGACAAAAGAGACACAAUUUUUGGGCAAAAGGAGAUGGAAAAAAAUAUUGAGGAGAAGCAAACAACCGACCAUCAGGUAACCAAUGCUUCAAAUUCAUAUACUGUGCCCAUUCCUUUCCCUCGCAGGUUCAUGAAAACCAAGAAGGAGCAACACGAAAAAGAUAUCUUGGAUACCUUUCGUAAGGUCCAAGUAAACAUCCCUCUCUUGGAUGCUAUAAAACAGAUUCCCAAGUAUGCGAAAUUUCUUAAGGAGCUUUGCACUAACAAGAGGAGAUUUGAAGAACAUGAAACAGUAGCUCUGAGUGAGGAGGUGUCAGCUGUGCUCCACUGUAAACUACCUCCCAAAUUGAAAGACCAUGGAAGCUUUACCAUACCGUGUACCAUCGGUGAAAAAAGGUUUCAAAAAGCCUUACUUGAUAUAGGUGCUUCUAUAAAUUUAAUGCCUUUUUCUGUUUAUGAAGCACUUGAUCUAGGUGAGCUCCAAGAGACUAGUGUGGCUAUUCAACUUGCGGAUAGAUCACUUAGACGACCAAGAGGUUUGUUGGAAGAUGUUUUGGUACGUGUGAAUGAAUUGAUCUUUCCGGCCAACUUCUUUGUGUUGGAGAUGGAAGAAGCUGUUAUGCCAGUCUCCUUACCCCUCAUACUUGGCCGGCCCUUCAUGAGAACUGCGCUUACCAAGAUUGAUGUCUAUGAAGGAACCUUGUCCAUGGAAAUUCAAGGAGAAAAAAAUUGGCUUUAG